AUGAUACACAGCCAGUCGUGUACUAAAAUGCUACGAUCAAUCUCUCAGGCUCUGCUACGACACUGUGCUUGUUUGUCAACAACCAGAAAAACGUUGUACACACCAACAACAUUGGACAACCCAAGAGUCCUGAUAACAGGUAGUCUAGGUCAGCUAGGUCAAGGAUUGGCCAAACUUUUGCGUCAAAAAUAUGGAAGAGAUAACGUAAUAAUGUCAGAUAUUAUAAAACCGCCAAAGCAUAUUCUUGACAGUGGACCUUACAUUUUUGCAGAUGUCUUAGAAUUUAAAAAUUUACAAGAGAUAGUUGUCAACUACGAUAUAGACUGGAUCAUACACUUCAGCGCCCUCUUGAGUGCUGUUGGAGAAAUGGAUGUGCCUCUGGCGAUUAAAGUCAAUAUACAAGGAGUACAUAAUAUCAUGGAACUUGCCAAGCAAUAUCGUCUCAGAGUUUUUUGUCCCAGUACAAUUGGUGCUUUUGGUCCUGAUUCACCAAGGAAUCCUACGCCGGAUGUGACGAUCCAGAGGCCGCGAACCAUUUACGGUGUAUCAAAAGUACACGCUGAACUUCUAGGAGAGUAUUAUUAUUACAAAUUUGGUGUUGAUAUUCGGAGUCUUCGAUUUCCUGGGGUACUUUCAGCAGACACACAUGCCGGUGGUGGUACAACCGAUUAUGCAGUACAAGUUUUUGAUGAUGCCAUGACAACCGGAAAAUUCAACUGCUACCUGGAACCGAAUACUAUGCUUCCUAUGAUUUACGUUGAUGACUGCUUGAGGGCGCUAGUCGAGAUUAUGGAAACUCCGAAUGAAACGUUAAAGCUGCGGACUUACAAUGUCGCUGCCAUUAGUUUUACACCAGAACAAUUAUUUGAAGAAGUUCGGAAACAUGUUCCGAAGUUGGAGGUGGAAUACAAUCCUGAUGGAAGGCAAUCUAUAGCUGACUCAUGGCCGCAGGUGUUCGAUGAUUCAGGAGCGAGGAACGACUGGGGAUGGUCGCAUCAUUAUGAUCUCGAAAAAAUGGUACAGGUUAUGUUUGAACUGAAGCGGAAAAUAUUGAAGCUGUAAUGUUAUGAGAAAUAAAUUGACGUGUACAUUAUGAACAAUGCAUAUUUUGAAAUGACAAUAGAACAAAUGAGAUCAUGUGUUUGUCACUAGAGGGCGCCGUGUACCAACCAACAUUAUUGAGUCUAUGGAAUUAUGAAUAUGUUUAGAUUAUGCAAAUAUGGCUAAAUUUUAUAAAGUACAAAUAUAGUUAGCUUGAUUAAUUAAUUAAUUAUGAUAGUAAUUAAGUAGUUUAAGUGACCAGCGAUAAAGGUCUCGUUCAGUAGAUCAUACAAUAUGUCAAUGCUAUUUGAAAUAAAACUGCUACAUUCUGUGCUUUGAAA